AUGGCUGUCUCGAUUCCUGUCAUCACGGCCGUGGUCCUCGCGGCCGUGGUCUUGUACAAGGCCGUCAUCUACCCGGCCUUUGUCUCUCCGCUGGCUAAGAUCCCCAAUGCACACUGGAGCGUGCCCCUCUCUCCGGUUUGGAUGCUCUGGAGGCGCUUUCGAAUGCAGAAUAACCGGACAAUUCAGGCCGCACAUGAGAGGUUGGGUCCGAUUGUGAGACUCGGGCCGUCCGAGAUCUCGGUGAACUGCGUCGACGGGGGCAUCAAGUCAGUCUAUACUGGCGGAUUCGAGAAGCAUGAGUGGUAUCCGCGAGUUUUCGGAUCACUUGGGACUGUGAGUAUGUUCACCAUGGUCGGAAGCAAGACACAUUCUAUCCGCAAGAGGAUGCUGUCCAAUAUUUAUUCCAAAUCAACCCUGCAGACAUCCCCGAAUCUGCAGUUGGUCUCUAAGACGGUCAUUCUAGAUCGUUUGUUACCAAUUCUGCAGGAAGCAGCACGCUUGGAGGAACCCCUUGAUGUACACGACCUGAACCAAGGACUAACGAUGGACUUUGUCUCUUGCUACCUCUUUGGUCUCCAGAAUGGCACCAACCAUCUUCAAGACCAUUCCUUCAGAAAGCACUGGCUUCAUUUGUACUUCUGCCGGAAGCCAUUCGAGUUCUACCACCAAGAGAUGCCCUCUUUGACUGGGUGGCUGAAGUGCCUGGGACUUCAUGUCAUCCCCAAGUACUGUGAUGAAGCCAACGACAUGCUGGAUUCCUGGAUUCUGGAUCUAUGUGGCAAGGCAGAACAAUCAGUUGACUCGACCGACCCUGCAGUUGAGCCUAUCGUCUACAAGCAGCUGAAACAGAGCCUGGAUAGACAAGCCGCUAAAGAAGGUGUCAAACCAGACCGCCUCCAACAGCUAAAUGAUAUCGCAUGCGAGAUGUACGAUCAGCUCACUGCGGGAUUCGAGACCAGCGCGGUUGGCUUGACAUAUCUGCUCUGGCAACUGUCCCGACACCCGGAGAUCCAAGAAGAGCUUCGCGAGGAGCUGCUCACCCUGGAGCCUCCAAUUUCCUUCCCGGGAUCUUCGGAAUUGCCGGCCGCAAAGUCCAUUGAUAACCUGCCCUUGCUCGAAGCCAUCGUCACAGAGACGCUGCGUCUUCACGCCCCAAUUCCGGGCAUCCAGCCUCGUGUCACCCCGGAGCCAUCCUGCAGUUUAGCUGGGUAUGACAACAUCCCACCAAACGUGCGCGUCAAUGCGCAGGCUUACUCGCUGCACCGCAACCCAGAAGUUUUCCCUGACCCGGAGUCCUGGCAACCCAGGCGAUGGCUCAAAGAAGAGAAUUCACUCGAGGAGUUAGAGGAGCGACGCCGCUGGUUCUGGGCAUUCGGGAGUGGAGGACGGAUGUGCGUGGGAAGUAAUCUCGCGCUGCAAGAUAUAAAACUUGUGGCUGCGGCUAUCUAUACCAGUUUCCGCACGACCAUCGUUAACGAUGACAACAUUGAAGCUAUUGAUGCUUACACUGUCCACCCGAGAGGGAAUAAGCUAAUAUUAAAAUUCCAGAAGGUUUGA